UGCGCAUUUAACCACGUGACAUGCGCCAUAUUGUUGGGUUCCACGUCGUAAAAUAUAACGUUAGUAACCAAACUGAAAAGUAUAGUAAGGAUACUAAGAUUCAUAUGUACUUAUUUCUAAAGAUCCAUUUCUGGUUAUUUUAUUAUAGGUGUCUUUUUGGAAAAUAGUUUUAGAAUCUGAGUGAAAAAUGCCGACUUAUUUUCAAAGACCUGAAAAUGCUCUUAAAAGAGCAAAUGAGUUUAUCGAUGUCGGAAAAAAGCAGCGGGCUUUGGAUGCUCUUUAUGAUGUCAUCAAAAGUCGUAAACAUCGCACAUGGACCAAGAUCCAUGAACCCAUCAUGACCAAGUAUCUGGAGCUCUGUGUAGAAUUGAAAAAGAGUCAUACUGCCAAGGAGGGACUUUUUCAGUACAGGAACAUUUGCCAGCAGGUUAAUAUCAAAUCCCUGGAAGAUGUUGUUCGUAUGUACUUGAGGUUGGCGGAAGAAAAAACGGAAGCUGCAAGGCAGGAAUCCCAGCAGAGCAUCCUGGAUAUUGAUGAUUUGGAUCAAAUGCAAACCCCUGAGAGCCUCCUUUUGAGUGCUGUGAGUAGUGAAGAUACUCAAGAUAGGAAAGACAGGGUUGUUCUCACUCCAUGGGUUAAGUUCCUGUGGGAGUCUUAUCGCCAGUGUCUAGAGUUACUGAGGAACAACUCUAGAGUUGAACGUCUCUACCAUGAUAUUGCCCAACAGGCAUUCAAGUUCUGUCUCAAAUAUAGUCGUAAGACUGAGUUUAGGAAGUUGUGUGACAAUCUUCGCACACACUUCAGUCACAUACAGAAACAUCAAAACCAGCAAACUGCUGUGAAUUUGAACAAUCCAGAAAGCCAAGCCAUGCAUCUAGAAACACGUCUUGUGCAGUUGGAUAUAGCUAUUCAAAUGGAACUUUGGCAGGAAGCGUAUAAAGCUGUAGAGGAUAUUCACAGUUUGAUGGCACUGUCUAAGAAACCACCAAAACCUCAGCUGAUGGCCAAUUAUCGUCAAAAACUUGCUCUUGUAUUUUGGAAAGCAGGAAACUACCUGUUCCAUGCAUGUGCAUUGUUUCGUCUUUUCCAUCUAUCAAGAGAACUCAAGAAGAACAUAACUGCUGAUGAAAUCCAGAGGAUGGCAUCCAGAGUUGUAGUUGCAACACUUGCCAUUCCUAUGCCACCCAAUCGACCUGAGAUUGACCGUCUGGUCGAGACUGAUGAAAAUAUCAUUGAUAAGAACAACAGGAUGCUAGCUACAUUACUGGGUUUAUCUAAUCCACCGACAAGAUCAUCACUGGUCAAAGAUUUGUUAAGAUUUGGAGUUAUACAGUAUGCCCACCCACAUCUUCAAGACUUGUAUCGGUGGUUAGAGGUGGAAUUUCAUCCACUGAAACUCUGUAAUCGUGUCUCCCAGUGUAUUGACUUCCUCAACAAGUGGGAAGAUUGUCCUGACCUGAAGCAGUACAUUCCUUGUCUGCAGAACCUAACAAUAAUGCGGCUGUUAAAGGAGGUAUCCCAGGUUUAUCACACGAUUGAGCUGACACAUUUAAUGGAACUCACACCUUUUGCUGAUAAGUUUUACCUAGAGAAAAUGGUUGUAGAGGCUGUUCGAAGAAAUGACUUGCAGGUAAGAAUUGAUCAUCGCCAAAAUUGUCUUCAUUUUGGUUCAGAACUUACAGUCUCUCAGCAUGAAGAGAUGGUUGAAGGACCUCACCUCCAGAGUAUGCCAAGUGAACAGAUUCGUAACCAGCUAGUGUCUGUCCAUUCUGUUCUUCAUAAAGCAGUGACACUUAUCCAACCAGAGAAAAUAAAGUCUACUCGUCAGGACCUGCGAGAACAAAUUGUUGCAGCAUAUAAGAUGACAGCUAAAAAGGAACAUCGGCGAAUUCUAGAGCGUCAACAGAUUAUUGAAGAGCGCAAGGAACUGAUGGAAAAUCUGGAUUAUCAGAAAGAAGAGGAAGAGAGAAAGCUAUUGGAAGAACGACAACAAAAACUUAGAGAGGCUGAAGAAGUUCGAAUGGCUAAAGAAGCUGAAGAAAGAGCGAAACAGAGGAUAUUACAGGAACAGAAUGAAAUGAAAAAGAAAGUUGUUUUGGAGAAGAUUGAGCAGCUGAAAAAGACUGAGCUUGGUGCUCGAAUUUUUGAAGGUCUUGAAGAAGAGGAGCUUGAAAAGCUGGACCCUGAAGAUAUUCUAACUAAACAAGUAGAACAGUUAGAUCGUGAAAGAAAAGAACUCCAAGCUAAACUACGGAAACAAGAGAAGAAGAUUGAUCAUCUAGAGAGAGCCAAGAGGAUAGAAGAAAUACCUUACCUUCAGAAAGCUUAUGAAGAAUUCAAAGUAGAAAAUGAGAAACUUUGGUACCAGGAAGAAGAAGAACGUAUAAAACAACUUAUUGCUAAACGAAAAAUUGCUGUUCAACAUCGUAAUCGGUUGGCCCAUAUGAAAGAAGACAAGGAUGAAUUUGUGAACAAACUUAAGGCUGAACGAAUGUCAGUAUACAAGGAAAAAUUGGCAGAAUUUGAAAAGAUGUUGGCUGAGGAGAGAAAAGUACGUUUGAAGGAGCGUAAAGAAAAAAGAAAAGAAGAACGCCGUCGGAAGUGGAUAAAAGAAAAAGAAGAAGAAGAGCAAAGAAAACGUGAUGAAGAGAAGAAAAGGGAAUAUGAAGAAAAACUUGCUAAGCUGGAGGAACUAGAGGCCAAGAAAAGAGCCAGAGAGCUGGAAAUUGAAGAGAAGCUACGUCAAGAAGAAGAAGAGAGAACGGCUCGUGAACGUGAAGAGAAAGAAGCAAAGAAACAACCACAGGCGCCAGAAGAAGUCAGCUGGAGAAGAAAGGAAGGAGAAGAAAAGAGACCUGAAGCUUGGAAACCUUCUUCUCACUGGCGUGAACGAGAACUGGCCAAGAAGGAAAGUUGGGGUCCUCGUUACACUGCAAGCAAGGAUAACGAUGUGGACUGGCGAAAACGAAGUGAUAGAGAUGAGCCACCACCUACCAAAGGUGAAGAAUGGAGACGUGAAAGGGAAAGAGAUCUUCCUCGUCGUGAUAGAGAUGAAGUUUGGCGAGCAACUCCUCCUGUAAGACGGCCACCACCAUCAGAUGAUGAUAAUGAUUGGCGUAGACCUAAGGAGGACCGAGAUAUAAGAGGAUCUCCAUUUGAUCAAAACAGGGAUGUUAGAGGUCCACCUCCUGACCGUUACAGAGACAUGAGAGGUCCACCUCCUGACCGUGACAAGGACAUGAGAGGCCCACCCCCAGACCGUGACAUGAGAGGUCCAGACCCUGACAUGAGAGGCCCACCUUUAGAUGGAGAUCAUGAUUGGAGAGGUAGAGACAUAAAAAGUCUUCCUAGUAGAGAAUCAUCCUGGAGAGGACCUCCACCAAGAGAGAGAGAUACAAGAGGACCUCCACCAGAGAGAAGUCGUGACUGGCGGGACAGACCUUCAGAUCGAGAUAAAGGUUGGAGGGGGGAUGACCGCCGGCCUCAACAGGAUCGUGACGGUGGAAGCUGGCGAGAGAGAGGAACACCUAGCCGUACACAAAGAGAUGCUGAAAGGGAUUGGCGAAGUGAUGAUCGUGGCAUAAGGGGUAGGGACAAUGAUGACUGGAGAUCAGGACCUAGAAGGGGACCACCAGAACGUAAAGAACGUUCAAAGGAUGAACCUGAUGAAGAGGGUUGGCGCACUGUGAGACGUUAAGUAGAAUAUUCUUCUGCUGAAAUGUCUCCUUUUUUUUGUUCUUUAUUCAAAACCUUCAGGAAACGAAUUUUGAACUUUUUUAUUUCAUUGUUCCUGAAUAUUGCUAAAUAUCUGGGUUUAUAAAAAAAAAAUCCCCCCCCCCCCCCAUUCAUAUAUAAAGUUUAAUUUGGUGUUAGGUAGAUACAUUUUAUUUUAUAAUGAAUGUAGACAUUGUUGUGAACAACAAACUACUUUUUUCUAUUCCACAGUAAAUUCUGUUGUAAGUAGUCCAUUUAUGGAAUAUGAUUAAAACUGUAACAGUUUGAAAUUAUUCUUUAUGGGAAGCCAGAUAAACCACUAGGUCAAUAAGUAUAAAAGAUCUCCGUUGUAAUUUCCAGACUGAAUUUAACACUGGUUACUGAUCAUUUGUGGAUACUCACCAUUAUUAGCAGACACAGCUUAAUCUCUUCUUUUACUUGUUUGUUUGAUAUGAUCUAAUGCACCAAAAGUUAUUUUGCCAGUAUGUAAAAUUUGUUAUAGUACACAAACAGAAAGAAUGUAUCAUAGUAAUUAUAAAAGUCUCCCGAGUUGUUUUGAAAAAUUUGCAUAUUGUUAAGUUGGAGAUAUGUAAAAGAAUAACUUCGUAAAGUAACUGCUGUUCAGUGCAUUUUUUUAUAUUGCAAUAAACUAAUAUAUUGGAAUUCAAAAAAAGAUUUUCUUUCAAAAUUCCAUAUUCUUAACAUACAAGAAAAAGCUUUGUUCCAUAUAUUCUAUCCAAAUUCUUUAAUCGCAAAAUUUUUGUUACAUCUAUUUCAACCAGAUUCUUUGCAUACAAAUCGUUACACCUAUUCAAACCAGUUCCAUUAUCAACUACUUGACUGACAGAUUUUGACAGGUAUCCAUACUUAAGCUUUGCUUUAAUUUGCAAAAUACAGAAAACAGAUUGUGGAAUAUAUGUAGAAAAAUGUUCUUUGCUUGUAUUAGAUUGAAAAUAAACAGAAUUUUCAUCUUUAUUCUGUUGCCAUUAAUUUAAGAUUCACUUUCACAAAUAAUGUUUAAAA